AUGAAGAUGGCACGCUUCUUCUCAUCGGGCAAGCGCAAAAAGGCCAAGCCGCCGCCGAAGAAGGCACGGCCGAAGGUCGCGACAGUCUUUGACUGCCCGUUCUGCGGCAACAGCGAGUCGUGCAGCGUCAAGAUGGACUACGAGCACUCGCAGGGCAUAAUCAGCUGCGAUCAGUGCGGGACCAGUCACGAGUCGCGCAUCACGCGUCUCUCUGAGGCGAUCGACGUGUACGCAGAGUGGAUAGACAUGUGCGAGGAUGUCAAUACGAACGGCGGCGCGCGGGUGGCGGCGCGCGAGGCGGAGGAGGACCUGGAGGACGACUUUUGA